AUGGUAGCAACAGAUCUUUAUGUUCGUGAAAAGAUAGCACACAUCGGCGAGCAGGGUGCGGUAACACCUCUCCUAAAACGUGGAUGGGUGUGUCAGGAGAGAUUACUCUCACCUAGAAUCCUCCAAUUCUGCGAAAAAGAGCUUGUCUGGGAAUGUCAAGAGUCCAGCACUUGUCAGUGCUCCUGCUAUAGCCCUACGAUACGACUCAAGGAGAAGUACUCGGAAUUAUUUCGUCAUAACGGAUCUGCUGAGCACAGAACUGAAAUCAUUGCUACAUCUGACGUCAACAUAAGCAAUGAAGCCCGCGCUGUUACCGAAGCCGCUUCUUCAGAGAAAGCCAGUGAUGCUGAAGGGUUUGAUAACGAAAAACCCUCGCCUCGGUGGCUCUCGAACUUUGGACAUGAAAGGCAUCGUCUGCAUAGAGCUGACUCUCUAUACGACCAUACCUAUUCGGCUUAUCACUAUACACUUCAAUGUGCUCAUGACAGCGAAGUAGAAGACAACUCUAUGUUAGAACCCUGCGACGACAUUAUCUGGGGAUGGAGACACGUCAUUAACGACUACUCUGGCAUGGAUUUGACUGAACAAAGCGAUCGCUUACCAGCUAUAGCUGGUGUAGCUAGCCAAAUUGGAGAGCUCCUGCACGCCAGAUACCUAGCAGGACUUUGGCAAACUCACCUACCGUCUGACCUGCUAUGGCGCACAGACCAUUUACUGGAAUGUGACCAGCACAGGUCACAGUACAGAGCGCCAAGUUGGUCAUGGGCGUCAAUUGAUUGGAAAGUCAAAUACUACAGAAGGAUAUCACUUGAUCGAGAAUUCUCAGUCGUCCGUGCGCUUUGCGAUCCAGUCACGAAUGUCAAUCCCUUCGGCGAAGUAACGCAUGGAUUCUUAGAGGUUAAUGCUAAGACCGCAAAUCUUGCGUUCGAGUUGGAUUUGUCCGAAGAUAAGACCCAAUCUCGUCGACGCCUGAAGGUUGAGUUUCUAGGAGACAGUGCCAUCUUCGUUCCAGACUACGAUAUCAGCGUAGGAGCUGCCGCAAAGCACGCACUCGCACUUGAUUCGCAGGUCGUGAAAUACAACUUUCUCUGUAUUGGAGAUUUUGACAUCAAGCGAGAUGACGCAGCUCUAAGUGAAACUCGAAGUGGGGGGUCGCUUGCUGCGUCACUUGUAUUCCAACUGGUUGAUGGAGGCAGGUACGAGCGGGUUGGUAUCUUGGAGCGCACUCGUGGACGGUACAGAAAGUCUUCGCGACCUUGGAUCCGCUCGUGGAGAGAAAGAGAGAGAUUUAAAAGCUACACGGACGAGGGAUGGGAGUCUCGAACAGGAUUGAUGCUGAUCUGA